CACAUGUUCCACAAUGUGGCGCUGUAAUAUACUUUGUUAUUUAACAUAUUUAACUACUAUCCAGUAUUAUUUCAAAUAAAGCAAUUAAAAUGCAAUAAAAAUAAUAAAAAUUUAGCAUAAAAAAAACUUUUAAUUACAGAAAUACAUCUAUCGACAUCAAAAAUUAUUCACAGUAAUGAUAAAAUUAUAUUAGGAAUGGCGCCAAGGUGUCGCCAUUUUCAUAAAACUUUACCAAGCAGUAAAUCGAGAAGGCUGAGGGGAGGAACAAUUCCUCAAAGUGAGUGUGUGCAUCCGAAAAUUGUUGGAAAAAUUGCUAAAAAGCAAGAAUAAUGUAUUGGUCGUAAGUAUAUCUUCCUUCAAUGUUAUUUUCAAUUAACUUGAAUCGCUUUUGGGCACAAAACACGGGGCCUAUGGCAUGGGACUUCCGUUUAAUGAACAGGAACAGGAAGUUCCUCACAAUCUGAAAUGGCAAAAUAAAAACAUCCUGUACUGAAGAAAAUUUUGAAAAAUAUACAGCUACAUUUCUGAACAAGUCGAACAACACUGACGAAUUACUGAGUGAAAAGUGGAAUGGUCACAGCUAGCCCUUUUUAUUUUUAAACAAGUCCCAAUGAUAUCAAUUAUUAUGGAUCAUUUGAUUUUAGUGUGCAUCAAAAAGAAGGGGAUUGAGUUGAAUAUACAAAAAUGCAAGCUGAAAGUAUUUGCACUAAUGAUAUUGAGGGUCUGGAUUCAGACACCCUUAUUCCUGUUGAAAUUCUUUCCUGUGAUGUAUCUCAUCGAGCACGUUCUCAAGAUGCCUUAUCAAUAGUGGAAUUAGGAAAGCAAUUACUUUUUAGUGCAAAAUUUGGAGACACUGAUACCGUUCGUGAUCUAAUGUGUAGAGGAGCACCAUUUACUACAGAUUGGUUGGGUACAAGUGCAUUACAUUUUGCUGCACAAAAUAAUCAUACAGAAACUGCAGAAGUUUUACUUAGAGCAGGAAUUUCAAGAGAUGCAAGAACAAAAGUGGAUAGAACACCUUUACAUAUGGCUGCAUAUGAAGGUCACCAUCAGAUGACACAAUUACUUCUUAAUUAUGGUGCUGAUGUUGAUAGUAGAGAUAUGUUAAAAAUGACACCUUUACAUUGGGCAGUAGAAAGGGAACAUGUAGAAGUAAUGCAUGUUUUAUUAGAACAUGGAGCAGAUGCAAAUGCAACUAGUAAAUUUGACAAGACACCUAUUAGUCUUGCAUUAGAACAUGAUAGAUUAGAUUUAGUAGACAUAUUGCAACAAGAAAGAGAAAUUGUAGGUAUUAGAGCACAUCAACAAAAUCAAGCAAAUUCAGCAGAACUUGAAGUAGCAACCCAUAAUUUAAUACAAUUAGAAGCUGAAAGAGAAGAACAACAAAAAUUUGAACUUCCACAACAAGAAUCACAACCAAGAAGAAAAGUUACACAAGUGCAAAUGGGGAAAAAACCACGAAUGAUCUUUCAACAAAUUCAUGUUGGAACAAAUGUUGAUGUUGAACGGGAAAAAGAAAUAGAAGGUGUAGAUGAAAUAACUGAUGUGAAUAAUAUUAAUAAUACUAAAAAGCGUAAAGAUAUUACAGCUAUUGGAGGAGUAAACAAACAAUUUAGAUUACUAGAAGCACAUGGAAUCACAAUGAUACCUGUAGAUAAUGAAUCGUCUAUUGUUGAAAAUGCUAUGGAAAGUGGAAGAACAGUCGUUUUAACUGAGGCAGGUAAACUUGCCCUAAACUUAACAAGAAAUUCUUCAAUAGGAAUGAAACGACUUCAUGUUGCUGGGAAAAAAGGGACUCCUAGAAAAGUGAUAGCAAUUAGAGCAGAUCAAAUUUUAAGUCAAAAUACACCUACUCUUACAUCCAGAGGACCUAAUAUAUUGAAAAGAUCUUCUGUAGAUAAUAAAGCUGGAAAAUUGUUCAUUUCUUCUAUUUCUACUACGACGCCUGUAUCAACACUUACACAAUCUAAAAACAUAAUAUCUUCAUCAGAGAAUAAAAUUAUUAAUUCUCCUGCAAAAAUGACAGAACCAAUAAUUUUACAAUUAGACGAUGAUAUAGAAGAAAUUACUGAAGAUGAUACAACACAUAAUAAUGAACCAGUUAUGGAUAUUGCUCUAUUAAAUAGACAAUUAGCAGAAGCACGAAGACAAGCAGCUGAAUAUCGUAAGCGACUUCAAAAAAAAGAAGAAGAGGCUGAAAUAUAUAAACAACAACUUAAAAAUAUCACAGCGCAAAGAGUAUCUAAGUGAUUUUAUAUGAAUAUACAUUUUGUGAAUUAAGCUUCAUUUUUCAAACAGCCCUGCUUUUUGACAAAAAAGAAUCUUCUUCAACUUUUCAGCUUUGUAAAAGAGCUCAAUAUUUAAAAAAUUGUACUUUAUUUUAUAUUUUCUUUCAUCAUUAUCUCAUCUCAAAGCAUUAUAAUGAUAUUUAUGCGAGCUUUUCAUUAUUAACUGCUUACUUAUGUAUAGAUAUUUUACGAAUCUACAAAAUUCAUUAACUGCAUAUUAUUAAUACUCUUGAUUUAUAUCAGAAAAAUUGAGUUAUUUGUUUAACAGGGCAUAAUCCUAUAUUUAAUGUAUGUAUGCUUUCUAAAAGCUGCAUACAGUGUGUAUCUGUGAGUACAUAUGUGCGACUGAGUAUGAUUUAUGCAAUAAACAAAUAUUUUUUAAAAAUAAAUGUAGAUAUAUAUAAAAUAUUAAUUUGCUUUCCACAUAAAAAAUUGAUAGUUAUUAUUAUUUUCAAAAUAAUGUUUUAUGUUAAUUAAAUUAAAUUAAAAAUUUAUCAUAUUAAUGAAAUAGAGAUAUUUAUUAUUUCAAUUAUUUUUAUUACAUAAAAUACAAAUAAAUAUUUUUUUUUAUUUUUGAAAUGAAAUAAUUUUUCUUUUUAAGCAAUAUCAAAAAAAGAAAAUAAUAUAAAAAUUAAAUAACAAAUAAUAUAGAAAAAUGCGUGUUUUUACAUUAUAUAUGAUCUAUUUUGUAUAUAGUGAAUUUUUAUAUAUAUUGUAAAAUUGCAUAAUAAUUACAAAAUGAUUAUAUCAUAAUGUCGUUAAAACUAUGAAAAAUAAUUAGACAAUUUCUAUAAAAAUUAAAAAUUUAUAUAGAAUAAAAUUUGAAAUAAUGGAUAUUUCUCAAUAUUUAUAUUUUCUAAAGAAUUAAUAACAUUUAAUAAACAGCAAUGUUCAUCAUAUAUGUUGCUUAAAUAUAUAAAUCAGAGAAAUAUAGAAGUUUGAAGGUGUAAUUUGAUUAAAUAUAUUAAAUUUUUGUAGCUUAAAUGAAAAUGAUUAUUUUUUUUUUAACAAUUCGUAAGAAAUAUAAAAUGUGGAAAGCAGAUAAUUUAAAAAAAUUAAUUUUUAAUUAUAUAAAAUAAAGUUUAUGCAUUAUUUUGAUAACUAUUGUUGUCACUUUGUAUAUUUUCAUAUAAAUAAGAUUUCAUUCCAAGUAUUUUCUUAAUAAUUUCUAACAAAGUAAAACAUUGACUUCAAUUUAAAUGUGAUUCAAAAUUAUAAUAACAUUUUUUUAUCCAACAAUCAGCAUGGUGCUAUAUUCAAAUAAAAUUCAAAAUAAUUAAAAUUUCUAGUUUAAGAUAUAACAAAUAGAAUAUUAUAAAUAAGCGACAAAAAAAAUAUUAUGUACAGCAGACAGAAAGAAAGUAGUUCACUCAGGUACAAAUAAUAGAGUGUAUAAUAUAUGAAAAAGAAUUAAUAAGUGUCAAAUAUUAUUAAACCCAACAAAUUAAUAAUAAUAUUAAGAUUUUUUUUAGUAAUAUAUGUUGUAAAUAUAAACGUUUAUACAUAAAACAUAAAACGUUUUACACAAUAAUAAUAAUAGAAAUUGUUAACUCAAAAAUUUUCAUUUGAAAAUAAACAUUUUAUAUUUCAUGA